AAAACGCUCUCACUCGGCGGUUACAGCCGCGUUCUGUAAACAGAUAGAAUUUCACCUCUAACACUGUCCCUCUAGUUGAACGUUUACGGUUUAUUUCUAACGGGCCACCAUGUUACAAAUGAAAAAUCGCUUAAAAUAUUGUUCACUCGCCAUCGCCGCCAGCCGACUGCUGUCCGGAGCCGUGAGGAAUCCACUGGUCUUUCUGGACAUUGCGGCUGAUGGGGAGUUUAUAGGCAGAAUUAUAAUAGAACUUAAUGCAGAUGCGGUUCCCAAAACAGCAGAAAACUUCAGAGCGUUGUGUACAGGAGAGCAUGGGUUUGGAUAUAAGGGCUCCAUUUUCCAUAGAAUCAUUCCUGAGUUCAUGUGUCAGGGUGGAGAUUUCACAAAUCACAAUGGCACUGGUGGGAAAUCAAUUUAUGGAAAGAACUUCAAAGAUGAGAAUUUCAAGUUGAAACACACUGGAUCAGGUGUGCUGUCAAUGGCGAACUCUGGGCCGAACACCAACGGAUCUCAGUUUUUCAUCUGCACUGCCAAAACAGAAUGGCUUGAUGGCAAACAUGUUGUGUUUGGUCAAGUGAACGAGGGCAUGGAGACUGUCAGGGUAAUGGAGUCGUAUGGUUUGCAUGAUGGAGGAACACUUAAGAAGAUUGUCAUCACAGACUGUGGGGAACUUAAAUAAUACACGACUUUACACUGUACAGCGCUGACAACUGACUGUUCUCAUGUAAAUGAUUAGUCUCCAGCCAAAAGGUAAAUGAUUUGAUUUUUAUAGCCAUUUCUGCAUUUGGAUAUAAUUCCUUAUGAUUAAAGUAAUGAUGUAAUGUUUUAUAUCUUUUUGAUUUAAAUAACUAUGGCCCACUUUUAUGUGUGGAGAAAUUAGAUUCAGUGUUUUAUGCUUGCUAAGUAAGCACUUCUGCACUGCCUGCUAAAUCUUAACAAUUAAAAUCAAACCCAAAAGCUAUGCAUAUACUUUUUUUUUUUUUGUGGAAAAGUACAUGAAGUUUGUAUAACUCCACAGAAUAAACUAAACUGUAUAUGAAACCUA